CGCCCCUCUCAGGCGAGAUCGAGCCCCUCCACGUCGUCCACGCAGCAGCCCGUGGACGACGCGGCCGAGAAGGCCGAGGACGGGUAUACGUGGAGCCAGCAGGGGGAGGAGGUGCAGAUAACUUUCAGGCUGGACAAGCCAGCCACGAAGAAGGAUGUGAAGGUCAACUUCAAGCCCACCGGACUCACCGUCGCCGUGGGGGAUUCCACGCUGCUGGAUGGCACCCUCGGGGGCAAGGUCGACACGGACGACUGCGCGUGGUGCUUGGCGAGCGCUGGUUCAGAGCUGCAGGUGUGCGUGUUCAAGAGAAAGUGCACGGGCGCAAUUUGCCAGGCACAAAGCAGAUGUCAAAGCACAUAUCGAGGAUGCCGGCGGCGCAUCACUGGCCGCUCCCUGAGAGUUUGGCGAGUGGUGCGCAGCAUGAAGAAGCGUGACGCGGCGCUCAUGCUAAUCAUCUUUGCUGGGAGUGUCUAGUGUUUUUCGGCCAAGCCCGCCACCGUGCUCCUUGGUCGUGGCAAGAAGCCUUUUUAGGAGGCUUCGUGGGAUCUCUUGGGAGGCCUCUCGAGGGC